AUGGGUAAGACCAACAAGACUGAUAUGGUUAAUCCGGAUCGUUACCUAACGAGGGCAAAGGUGGCUCGUAAUAAGGCGGCGAGGGAGAUUUCCCUGAAGAAAGCAAAGAAACUACGGGACUAUAUCGCUGAGGAUGAGGACAAGUAUUGGGAUAUAGUGUGGAAAUACGAUGGGUUCGAUGUGGAACAUGUAAAGGAACCUUGCCAUUGCCUUCGUGCAAUGCAAGUUAUCAAGUGUAAACCCAAUGAGGAUUGUCCCCUUGAAGUCACCCUUUAUGCUAAGAUGGGUCUUCAUCGUUACAAUAUGAUUCAGGGGACGGACUUGAAGCUUGAUCGCAUUCAGAAAUAUAACAAACACCUUCACGUUCUGCCUUCCACGUAUUACAUAACUUUGGUUGCAUGGAAUCCGGCGACAGGGACGCGUGUCCCUUUUCAGACCAGUAUUCACGAAAUAAAGUGGAACGUGUUGGAUGUCCAGUGUCGUAUUGCUAGACUCAAAGAAAAGAGAGGGACCAAAGCCAAAGUUGAAAAGACACCUGGGUUCUACCAUGUUGUUGUGCCUAAAUGGCCGGAAGAUGAUGUCUUGGCUGAUCAAAACCGGUUUUACGUGGUGCCGGAAUCUGAGUGGCAAGAAAAUGACUGGAUCAUUCUGUAUUUGCAACUUGCCUUUGUCACAACCAAUCGCUAUUCUAACAAUCUCAAGCUGUCGGAUUUGAAGAUUGUGGAGGUCAUGGUAGAAACUAAGGAAAACGUGGAGCCGCCGAGUGAGAGGCUCAAAGGGUUUAAAGAUGCAGUUUUAUACAUCAAAUACGAUCAGGACUUGGGAGAGGGUCAGGUUAGUAAGCGCCGAGCUAUCAUUACAAGAGACGUGGAUUCCAGAAGUGGACACAUGAGUCUCAUUGGCAAGAUCGAAGACCCUGAGCAGCAUGAAGCUUCUAUUUAA